AUGCAGUUCGAGUCGGCCUCUUUCCUCGACCUCCCUCAGGAACUCCAUGACAUGAUUGUCGGAUACCUGGAGCUGCGCAACCUAGCCCGUCUCGCAUUGACUAGCAAAGCGUGCUAUAAGUCAGCGAAUCCCUUUAUCUGGAGGAACGUUGCGGGUAUCGAUACCCUUCUCAAACUCAUGCCGGUGGAUGUAUGGAACGGCAUGAAGGUCGAGGACUAUGGGAAAUUAGAUGAUCUCCCGAUCGAUAGGCUGCCCCUAACGGUAGACCACUGGACGCCCAUCUACAAGCUCACCUCGCUCAUUAAGAUUUUUUGCCUGCCCCAAAUUCCGCGCACGGUCCUGCGAAGGAUCAUCGACUGUCCUCCUGCUGCCACCCUUCUGCCUUCAUUGCGCCGGCUCCGCAUUUUCCUCGACUAUUCACAGCGUCAGCGUCUUUUCAGUCGCCAAAGUAGCCUGUAUCUUGAUUACAUCAAACUCUUCAAGGCGACAAUACCAUCCGACCUCCAAGAACUUGAUUUGUGGAACUCGCUCGCGCUCGGUGGCAUCUUGGACCACUGCACGCAGAUCAGUAGACUUUCCAUCAUGGAGUUUAGAGACGGGCCCGCGUUCUACUCUCUACACGAGCACGCGCGAGACUCUCUGCUUCAGUGCCUUCCUCGCUGCCAGCAAUUGACUGAAGUCACUCUCGUCCUGCCGUUCCCUCGCCACUCAAAAGUGAUGGAAAUCCUGGCGACCUUCCCAAAUCUGAGCUCGGUCGACGUCAGCUUCGCCUUUACCACGCAAAUGUCAUGGAGUGGUGGCCCUCCGAGAUACCCUCGGCAUGCCUUUCCCGCUCUUCGAAGGCUUAUACUCAUCAAGGUGUCCUUGGAGGAUGCGAAGGACAUUAUCGAAACCGGCAAGGAUCGCGCGUUGGGAAAGCUCGCCGUCGUGACCCUGGGGCGAGAGAGCCCUGAGACCCUGCACACGCUAGUGACAGCACUCGGACUUCAUUGCAACCCGGACCACCUCCUCGAAGUGGAUUUCUCUCGAUGCUUUUACGAUGUGCCUGAUCUUGGGGAGCCCCAGCCGGUACUGUUCGACCACGCUGCCCCUCUCGUCAAUUUCCCGCACAUUGAAGUCGCGCGCUUUGAGACAUUCCGCGGCGUACGCAUCGCCGAAGAGCAGUGGGAACACUGGGCUAAAUCAUGGCCUAAGCUUCGCCGAUUUUCUUGGAUCACAGUCGACGUCGACGCGACCACCCACCCCACCUGUUCUCUAGCAACACUUUCCUCCUUCGCGAAGUUCUGCCCGAACAUUGAGGAGAUGCGGCUGCAAAUUGACGCUUCCACAAUUCCGCCCAGUUCGGCUCUGCCUCCUCGCGAGCCUCUUGCCAAUCGGCGCGUGACCAUCGUGUUGACUGCACCGUGCGAGAUUUCGAGUGCAGGGGACGUCGUCGAAUUCCUGAGGCAGACGUUUGGGGAUGUUACUGUUCAUUUGGGAUAUCGGGACCGCGGGAAGACCACAGGGAAUCAAGAGCUCUGUCGGAGGGAGUGCCAAUGGGAGUUGGUAAUGGCUCUGACCUCCGGCAAGCGAUGAUACCGAUCCAUAGCCGAUGUAGAGACGUACUAUACAUUUAGGUCAGGCUUGAGCGAAGAACCGGAAUAGAGAGAUCCGUGGUAGGUAGCUAAACUAGUAAUUGGGUUUGUCGAGGAAAAAAAAGCUUCAUAUGCGGGUCGGAUGCGGAUGACCCAAGUUCUUGCGCGAUGACCGCCGGACCUCUGUACGCGUCAUUGUGUUCAGACGUGACAAGCCAGGGUUGAAGUUGUACGGACGUCUCGUGAAGAGCACGUCCAAAGUCGCCAAUGAGUCGAAGAACGACAGGACUGCUGCGAGCGAGUUUCUACUGUGCAUGAAGAACUUGCAAGUCACGCGCUCGGACAUGAUGUGGCUUCGGGGGUGCAUAGGAUC